AUGAUGAGUUGUUUAUUAGGAAAAUCAGAAGGGAAGGUGCGCGUAGGUUUCUACAACAAUAGCUGCCCCAACGCCGAGACCAUAGUCCGCAGCGUAGUCCAUCAAUCAGCCAUCUCCGACCAAAACAACCUCCCCUCGUUGCUCCGCCUGCAUUUCCACGACUGCUUCGUCCACGGCUGCGACGCCUCCAUUCUGAUCGAUAGAGGCUCGGAAGUGGACGAGAAGCGAGCCUUCGGACAUCAAGGCGUCCGAGGCUUCGAUGUCGUAGAGACCGCCAAGGCUCAGCUGGAAGCCGCCUGCCCCGGCAUCGUCUCUUGUUCCGACAUUCUUGCCAUGGCUGCUAGAGAUGCUGUUUUCCUAUCGCAAGGGCCAUGGUACGAUGUGGAAACAGGCAGAAGAGAUGGCUUGGUGUCGAAUGUCACACUGGCGGCUCACAUGCCUGAUGUUGCAGAUUCCAUUCACAAACUUAAAGCUAAGUUUUUAGCUAAAGGCCUCACCGCCCAAGAUCUUGUCAUUCUUAGUGGUGCGCACACGAUCGGCACCACAGCGUGCUUCUUCGUGAACCAGAGGCUGUACGAAUUUCCGGCCAACGGGGGCUCGGACCCGUCCAUAAGCCCCGGCUUCCUGGGGGAGCUGAAGUCGACGUGCCCGAGAAACGGAGACGUGAACGUGCGUUUGGCGAUGGACAGAGGCAGCGAGAAGGUGUUUGACAAGCAAAUACUAGGGAACAUAAGGAGUGGAACGGCUGUGCUGCAAUCCGAUGCGGCCCUCUAUCAAGAUGAGGCCACGAAGCGUGCCGUCGACUCCUAUUUCGGGCUUCCUGGCCCGUCGUUCGAGGCCGAUUUCACUGCGUCGAUGAUCAAACUGGGGAGGAUUGGAGUUUGGACGGGAUCUAAAGGCCAGAUUAGGCGUGUUUGCUCCUCUUUUAAUUGA